UUCGUUUUGUCUCUCUACCAAAGUGAUGCGAUUUGUGUUGUGAAGAUAACACGUUUUCAGUGUGUUUUAGAGUGCUGAAAGACUCAGAUCUUGACGUCUUAAAGACCAUUGAUCAGCUGUGCUGUCAACAUGUCUAAGAAUGAUAUGGAUGAAGUUGUGAGACAGGAGCUUUCCCUACCUGACCUGAAGAACUUGGGAGCUGAAGGAGGUGGCUGUAUCAAUCAGGGCCUGGUGUACAUGACAGGACAGGGCACUAAAAUUUUUGUCAAAACCAAUUCAGAUUCUGAGGCACGACUGAUGUUUGAUGGAGAGUUUGCCAGCCUGCAGGCCAUACAGGAUACAGGAAUUAUAAGAGUCCCAAAGCCGAUAAAGGUGAUGGACAAUCCAGCAGGAGGAGCAAUGUUAGCAAUGGAGUACUUGGACCUCAAACGUCUCUCUCGUCAUGCUGGCAAAUUAGGAGAAUCUCUGGCUCAACUGCAUCUUUCAAACUCUAAGGCUGAGAAAGAAGCUGAAAUGGCAGAAGGAUUUGUAGGGAAGAAAUCCCAGUAUGUGUCUGAGUUUGGAUUCGAUUUAACUACUUGUUGCGGUUUUCUCCCUCAGGACAAUACGUGGGAGAAGUCCUGGGUGACAUUUUAUGCAAGGAAAUUGGAUUUCCAGUUAAAUAAGAUAGAGAAAGAGUACAAUGAUAAGGAAGCUAGAGAACUUUGGUCCACACUACAGCUAAAACUACCAAAAUUCUUCCAAGGAUUAACUAUUAAACCAGCCUUGAUGCAUGGUGACUUAUGGGGUGGAAAUGUAGGUGAAUUGGAGAGUUGUCCAGUUGUGUUUGAUCCAGCUAGUUUUUAUGGACAUUCGGAAUUUGAACUUGCCAUCGCUCAGAUGUUUGGUGGAUUUAGUGAGCGUUUUUUCCAGUCCUAUUUCAAAUUACUGCCUAAAGAGCAAGGUUACUCCGAAAGGUUGGAACUCUACAAAUUAUUCAACUAUUUAAACCACUGGAAUCACUUUGGAACUGGCUAUAGAGGAUCAAGUAUUGCAAUUAUGAAGAAGCUCGCUCAGUGAAACGAUCGAUAAAAUGUAUUGGAUUUUAAAACUAUUACUGCGCUGUAGUCACCUACAGUAACAUAUGCUUGAUAAAUUUACCUGCGAUCUUGAUGUAGAGGAUAAUCUAUAACAAAAAGAAAAGAACUUCAAUUAAGAUCAAUCACGCGGAGGAAAACGUAAAUUAAUUAGUGUGAAUGAAAGUUAUAUUGUACAUAGAAUAUCAAUGAUACUACGAGGAAGGCCUAAUGAAGAAGGAAAGCUACUACUGAUGAGCUGAAACAGGAAAUAAUGACGUCAUUGCAUAGACAGGAUAGACGUCAUGGCAGUGUGGAUUUCUUUUAGAGUGAUUAAGAAUACAAACUGCCGUUACCUGUAUUAACGUUAAAUUUGUUCAGUGUGUCAUUUUCGAUGUUUUCCUUUAUGAAGCAAGUCUUAAACUGUCGUUUCUCUCAAAAAAUCUAUAUAUUCGUCCUAAUUUCUUCACUCACACUGAAUCACGUCUGACAUUUAGUGAAUUACAAGAAGGCUUACACGAACAUAUAACAGGCUCCCAUCUAGAAACACACUUAACACAAGCACUUAUCUCGCUGAUAAAAAUACAGUAUUUAUGUCUUAUAUAUAUACAUGCAUACCCUUUUUUCACCGCCGACCUUAUUAUGUAGGGAAUCCGUCCUAAAUAACGAAAACUGAUGAAAGAAUCUUAAACACUAUACAACAAAAUGAAAACAAAACCUUUAACGUAAGUAAAAUGUAUCAAUUGUUGUCCACGACGAAGUCACUAUCUUUCUGUUACUUUUAUGUUGCAAAAUAAAUCUACACACGGCUAGUGUUCUCAACGAAUGUCACAACAUACAUAGCAUUAUCGUUGUAUAUGAAAUGUUACAUAUAAUGUAUUCCUUUUGAGUUACUGUCGGUAUUACAUUAGACAGUGUUGUUGGGUCAUGUUAUGUUUCAAGUAUUUUAUCUUUGUUGCAGGUUGAAUUAACAUGUUAUUUUACAAUGAUUGCUGUAUCUUGGUUGAUAAUUAAUGUACAUAAUGGAGUCUCACCUGUAUUAUAUAUGUUGACUUUGCUGAAUAAUUGCAUGAUUUUGUUUCAUUUGUUGACAAUUCCGCUGCAGUUACAUCAGUAAAAAUGCAUUAAUGUGAUGUGAAUUUUCUUUUGAUAACUGUUAAUGUCAUUUUGUGCAUAGCAAUAAUAUGUGCAUCGUUUUAUAUCUGUCUUUGAAAUUUGUAUGUACGCGUAUUGAAAAUACUCUGUUAAAUGUGAUUAUCUAAUUACUUUGGUAGUAUUUUGUCACAACUUGGACAAAUCUCGGCAUAACACUAUUUCUGACCCUUUUUGCUGGUUGUUUGAUGCCGGUUAAGGUGUCACCAAGUAUUCCUGUUGCGGCAAAGUUAUCAUAUGAUAUACUAUAUUCAUACAUGUAUGUUUUUAUCAUAUCGCUGUAAUCAGAAUCAUUGUUCAUUUCAUUUUCAUGGGUUUUUUU